AUGGAACGCAACGGCAAGUGUAUCGGAAUAUGCGGAGCUACAGGUGCUGUCGGCAUCGAGAUCAUUUCGGUGUUGGCCGCACUAAAAUUUCCGGUAAAGCAAUUGGUACUGUUUGCCUCGUCGCGCUCGGCUGGUAAAAAGGUUGAUACGCCCUUUGGCAGCAUCACCAUGUCGCUCUUUUCUGUGGAAAAGGCAGCAAAGCUCGAUUACGUUUUUAUGGCCGUAUCAGGAGAAUUUUCACUACAACACGCAAAAGAGCUGGCUGCAAUACCGAAUGGUCCUGUCGUGAUUGAUAAUUCGUCGGCUUUUCGUUGUGAUCCGGAUAUUCCACUUGUCAUUCCAGAGAUUAAUGGUCACGUCCUUCUUCAAAAGCGUGGCCAGCUGCAACACAAGCUCAUUGCUAAUCCAAAUUGUACAACAGCUAUUGCUGCUAUGGCGCUUUGGCCUUUACACUGCGAGUUUGGAAUUAAACGACUUAUUGUGUCUACGUACCAGGCAGCAAGUGGUGCUGGAAAUGCUGGAAUGGAGGAGUUGGCUGAUGGAACCAAAGCUUAUUUAGCUGAUGAACCUGUUAUUUACAAGGUCUUUUCGUAUCCUCUUCCAUUCAAUCUCAUUCCACAUAUUGACAAAUUCCAGGAGAAUGGAUAUACUAAAGAAGAGAUGAAGGUGACAUGGGAAACGCGCAAGAUCUUUAACGAACCUAAAUUAGCUGUGAGUUGUACGGCGGCGCGUAUUCCAAUCAUGCGUGCACACUCAGAAGCGCUUACAAUUGAGACAGUGAAGCGUGUGAACAUCUCUCGUGCUCGUGAGCUUUUGGCCAAAGCAGAUGGUGUAGAUCUUGUUGAUGAACCCGAGAAUUUGCGCUAUCCUAUGCCAAAAACUGCUACCAAGAAGUUUAAUAUUGAAGCUGGUCGACUUCGCAAAAGUUUAGUCUUUGGCGACCAUGGUCUCGAGCUCUUUGUGUCAGGCGAUCAGCUUCUGCGUGGUGCAGCGCUCAACGCCGUAUUAAUUGCCGAAUUUCUCGAGAAUCCACGUCUGACUCCACAAUUCGUCAAGAAUUCGACCAUGUUGACGUUGUCAAAGGACCAGAAACAGAUUUUACUCGGGCUUGUAGCGGGUAUCGCUGUAACUAUGGGGUCAUUGCUUGCCUAUGGCCUCAAGAAAAAUUAA